AUGACGAUUAAAAAUGUAAAAGCAACGUUCCGUAGUAAGGAGGGCAUCUCAGAAAAUCUUCAGGAGCUUUUCUUGAAGGGUGAGCGGCUUCAGGAUUACAAGAAGCUAGUUGAUUAUGGUAUUAAGACGAACUCCACUCUCCAUCUUGUUCUCCAAGCCUCGGGUGCAAUAAAACUACUUAUCAACAUACCAUCACAUAAGAAAACCGUUGAGGUUGAAGCAAAGCCGAAGGAUACCAUCCAAAACAUCAAAUUAUUGAUUCAGGCCAAAGAGGGGAUUCAAGCAGAUAAGUACACCCUCAUCUAUGCUGGAAAGCUACUUGAAGAUAACAGGACUUUAGCCUCUCUCGAGAUACAGGAUGAAUCUACUCUCCAUUUGGUUUUUAAUCCUAGAGAUUUGUUGUCCGUUUCUGUGAAAAUGCCUUCUGGAGAAAUCUUGAAACCGGGAAGACUGCAACUCGAGAAUUCAAAGACGUUGGCUUUUUAUAACAUCACAGAAGAAUGCAUCUUAGAAAUGUUGCCUCCUACAAUUCAGAUAUUUGUCAAGAAGUGGGGUGGUGAAACCAUCACUCUUGAUGUGGUACGACAGGACACUGUCAAAGAUGUGAAGGAAAAGCUUUUUGACAAGCUCGGCCUGCCAGUUGAGGCAAAAUUAUCUGAAAUUGGAGAUUUUUCUACAGGUGUACUAGAUACUAGGGCUGCAACUUGGGCGAGUUGGACACUUAACUCGGGCUCAGCCCAACAUACAAAUCUUCAGCCCAAGCCCAGUGCUUGGAGUUGGAGUAGUUGUAUGAGUUUCAAGUUUCAACCUCAUCAUGUCCAACAACAUCAAGAUGACACAACUCCAAAAGCUGAUGAUGAUGAUGAAGUUGCAAUACCACAAGGCCUUGAAUCUGUGUGA